CCCUGUCUCUACUAAAAAUACAAAAAUUAGCCAGGCGUGGCGGUGCACACCUGUAAUCCCAGCUACUUGGGAGGCUGAGGUAGGAGAAUCACUUGAAUCCGGAAGGCGGAGGUUGCAGUGACUUGAGAUCCUGCCACUAUCCUCCAGCCUGGGGGACAGAGUGAGACUGUCUCAACAAAACAAACCAUACUGUGGUUCCGAUGACCUGCACCUUGUCAGAGGGGUCACACAGCCUUGAAACGUAACAGUCACAUGUUCUAGGCUCCUGUGUGCACUGGGAAUACAUAACUCGGGGGUUCUGGGAAAGGGAUUUCUCAGAACUUAAGCCGGGAAGUGAUUUGAAAACUUCCAGUAUCACUCCCUUUGUCCUCUCAGGAAGUAUUUUUUUAAGCCACUGAGUGAAUCACCCUUGAGUUGCACAAGAAGGAAACACCGCAUAGAGUGAAAAAUGACAGCAAACUGCUGAGGUCACUUCCCCAGGCCCACUGAAUGAGAACAUCAGUUCCUGUGCUGGAGAGAAAGGCAGUGAGAGGAGAAAGUGAGGUCCAGCUCGUCCCUGGCUCUCUCUCAGGAGGCAUACACAGAAUACCUGAGGACCAUCCACUAUAUCUCCCAGGCGUUACUGGAAGAAGUGGAAACCACUAAAGCAAUAGGUAACGGUGACAGAGCCAACUGUGACCCGCCUUCUUGUCCCUCCCCCAGAAGCUAGGGAAACUGUGCCCCCGGACACCUCCAAGAUGCUGAAGCUAGCGCAGCAGUGUCUGGAGAGGGCCCAGUCAACGGCCACCAAGCUUGGGAAAACACGCCUGAAGCCAACCAUGCCUGCAGCUGCUCCCAUCCCCCAGCCUGCCGGCAGACACCGCCGUGUCUACUCCGACGAAGGAGGGAAGCUCUCUCCUUUUCUGCCACCCGAGAUCUUCCAGAAGCUUCAGGGGGCAGAGUCACAAAGCUCUAAGAAAGAGCUGACGCCACUGGAGGAGGCCUCCCUGCAGAAUCAGAAGUUGAAGGCUGCGUAUGAGGCCCGAAUGGCCCGGCUAGACCCCAGCCAGGCCAUGCAGAAGACGUCCCUGACCCUCUCUCUACAGCGGCAGAUGAUGGAGAACCUAGUGAUCGCCAAAGCCCGGGAGGAGACACUCCAGAGAAAGAUGGAGGAGCGCCGGCUGCGGCUCCAGGAGGCCGCCAACAGGAGGUUUUGCAGCCAGGUCGCCUUGACCCCGGAGGAACGGGAGCAGCGGGCCCUUUACGCCGCCAUCCUGGAGUACGAGCAGGACCACGACUGGCCGAAGCACUGGAAGGCCAAGCUCAAGAGGAGCCCGGGGGACCUGUCACUCGUGACCAGCCUGGUCUCACACCUGCUCAGCCUCCCGGACCACCCGAUCGCGCAGCUCCUGCGGCGGCUGCAGUGCGCCGUGUACAGCGCCCUGUACCCCGCCGUGAGCAGAGCAGCCGCGCCAGCCCCGGGCUGCUGCCCCCGGACCCCCAACCCCGGAAGCCGACGGCUGCGGCCCUCGCAGAGCCUCCAUUGCAUGCUGUCCCCGCCCGAGCCCAGCGCAGCCCCGCGGCCCCAGGAUUGCCCCCCGACGCCCCCACUCCAGCCCGGCCCCGCGGGGCCUCCCUCGCCCCUGGGGGACACCGCGUCCGGAUUGCCGGACAAGGACAGCUCAUUCGAGGACCUGGAGCAGUUCCUGGGGACGUCUGAGCGGCAGGGCCAGGGCCAUGGGGUGCAGCCGGAGCCCCAGCUGCAGCAGCUGAAGAGCGCGGUGGAGGAGAUCCAUAGCGCCAUCGCAGACAGGCUGCUCUCGCUGACCCUUCUGGCCUUUGAAGGCCUAAACACAGCUGCCUCCAAGGACCGCUGCCUGGCGUGCAUUGAGGAGCCCUUUUUCUCCCCGCUGUGGCCUCUGCUGCUGGCCCUAUACAGGAGUGUGCACCGAACCCGGGAGGCUGCCCUGAGCAGGAGCAUGGAGCUCUACAGGAAUGCACCCCCCACCGCCAUUGGCAUCCCCACCAAGCUCCUCCCCCAGAACCCUGAGGCCAAGGGGGCCACUGGCUACCCCUACUGUGCUGCGGCCCAGGAGCUUGGACUGCUGGUCCUGGAGAGCUGCCCCCAGAAGAAGCUGGAGUGCAUAGUGCGGACCCUGCGGGUCAUCUGUGUCUGUGCGGAAGACUACUGCCCCACACCGGAGGCCACACCCCAGGCCGGGCCCCAGCCCAUCGCUGCAGCUGCCAUUGGUGCCGACGACCUGCUGCCCAUCCUGUCCUUCGUGGUGCUAAGGAGCGGCCUCCCUCAGCUGGUGUCGGAGUGUGCGGCCCUGGAGGAGUUCAUCCACGAGGGGUACCUAAUCGGAGAGGAGGGCUAUUGCCUGACAUCACUGCAGAGUGCCCUGAGCUACGUGGAGCUGCUGCCCCAGGGAGGCCUGGCCAAGUAGUAGAGCCAGAUCCCAGGGCCCCUGCAGGGCCCGGCCUCGCCUCCCAGGGCCAUCUCUUCUGCACCUGGAGCCACGGGAUCCACUGAGGACCAUCCUGGAGCCUCACGCUGCUCUGCACACAGCGGGGGCUUGUCCACUGUGGUGUGCUCUCCAGCUCUUGCCCCUUCCCCACCUCACAUCUCACCCUGGAGCUUGGGGUUGGCACCUCUGCCCCAACAGAAAGGGGCUGAAUCAGCUCCAGGAGGAACCAGGCCCUGCUCACCUGUGCAGGCCUCAGAGAGGCCCUGAGAAGGGAAGCUGCGGGCUCCGGUGGGUGCGGGCUCAGCGAUGAGCAUCUGGCUGGGUCCUGCCUAGCGCCUCACUGGGGCAGCUCCUGGGGAGCGUCAGGGAAGAGGGGUCUCUGAGCCAGCCAGCGGUGGAGACGGCAGUCCAGUUUCUGUCCCCUCUGACCCCUAGAAGGGGAGUUGUAGCCCCAUGAACUAGUUUCUUGUCUGGAUCAGGAACAAGGGCCAGCUGGGGCCUGGGGUGGAGCUGGUGGGAGGCUGUGCUGAUUGCUGAUGGGCAGGGACAUCCCUGCGGGGUCCAGGGCUCUGAGCCCAGGACAUUCCCUGCCCUUGCUCAUCUUGGCUGUGGGCCAUGAACAUUCCGGGACCCUGGGCAUCUUCUCCAGGUCCGUGCAGCCCAAGGGUCACCCUCUUAACUGUCACAUGCUGCCCCCACCCAGCCUAAAAUAAAGAGGUCACUGCUGUGC